AUGCAAACGAGUCGAUCUUGUCUACUCCCAUGUGAUUUGGAUCCGCCACUUCUCUUGUCCAGCGAACAAAGUUGUCAAGCAAUCUGUUCAACAUCACAAAAUGGUGAAUGUCAACGGAGUUGUAUUUUUGUUCAAAAGCUUUAUAAACAACAAUCAAAUUGCUUAACAGAUGAUUGUCAAUCAUCAUGUUCACCAGCAAAUGACUGUUUCGAAACAAUUCCUUCGCCAACGAACGUAACUGCCAUUGAACGGAAAAGUCGACGAACCGUUCGAUUGAAAUGGCAUUCCAACGGCUUGAAUAAUAUCGAGCCAAUUUUCUACGUUAUUGAAGCACAAUGGACAUUGCCAAGGACGAGCAAUGAUCAACAGGACACGAUUUCCAAAUGGGGCUUUGUCAAAGAGGAAGUAUCGCAAACAAAAGCGAUUAUAAGAAAUAUUCAAAGAGACAGUCGAUGGUACACAUUUCGUGUUGCAACAGUGACACGUCAGGGAUAUUCAUCGUUUUCGACAGCGACAAAACCAUUUCGUUUGAGUUCGAAUUUGAAAAAUCAUUCGCAUAAAUUGUUACAAACAAUCGCAUCGCCUCGCAAUUUUUCAAUUAAAGAUUUCCAAUUGAUUUCAAGUACUAAACUCAAUCUGACUCUGAGUUGGGAAAAACCCGAUCUCUCAGUUCCAGGAUAUCAAAUUUCAUGGGAAGCCCAGAAUGAUCCUUCGUCAUUCGUUACCACCAUCGAUGUGUCCUCUGCAUUGAAUCCAUUAGAAUUCACUAUUCCCUAUUUGUCAACGCAUUCAUCUUAUAUUUUCACAAUUCGUUCAUUGAUCAAUUCCGGCGAUAGUUCCGUUCAAACAAGUGCACCAGUUUCAGUCAAGUUCAACUAUGAAGAAGAAUUAUUUACGAUAAAAAACUUCUACAUGUCCGAACCAUACUUCAUCAAUGGUCUCAUCAAAACCAAUGUUUCUUGGACGAAAGUACCCGAUACUCGUGUUGAACAAUACGAAUUACAUUGGAUCGAAACUCAAUGUUAUUCCGACGUUCUUUCAUGUUGUUAUCGACGUGAUGCGUCGACAAGCGACAAUGCAUUUGAAUUAUACGAUUUACGUUUUAAUUGUACAUAUGUAUUGAAUAUCAAACCAGUUGUACCAAAAUUACGAAUUAAAAAGUCGUUUCAAGUUUAUUUCAAUGUGUCGUCGUGCGAAUCGAUUCUCAUAUCAGGAACGAUUCGUCCGUCAUGUCAAACAGAUGAACAACAACAGAACCAUUCGAUCUUAUCACCACUUAAUCUAAUUGUGAUGAAAAAUCUUUCAGGUAUUCAGUUUUCUUGGCAAAAUAUUCCAUCGAUAUCUAAUGAUCAUUUGGAUAUUGUAUAUCGAUUACGUGUAGAACAGCUGCCGAGUCAUAUCGAACUGAUUUCUAUUGAUCUUUUGCCCACGGUAACAAAUUAUUUUUUACCUUAUUCAAAACAGAAUAAUGAUCGAUAUUUAAAUGUAACGUUGACUUUAUUGGAAAACUCAAUGGUUCGACAAGAAAAAUCGAUUUUGAUCGAAGAUUAUUCGGUUAAACGCACGAAUGUCCUUUUAUCAACUGGAAGCUCUACGAAAUCUUCAAUUGUUUUCAUCAUUCUAUUUCUUUUAAUCGCUUUCAGUCGAUGA